AUGUUUGUUGGUGAUGGAACCGACGAAGCAGCUGGUGGUGGUCUCAUUCGAGACAGUGAAGGAAGAUGGAUUACUGGCUUUGUUCGGAAUAUUGUUCGAUGGGAGAGUGGAGCUAGAAGCAUUGAGAUCGAAGUUCACAGUUCUGAAGCGGUGAGAAUCCUAAACUGCUCACCUAAAGACCAUGGACCUUCGAUUGUACGCAGAAUCCGUCACCUGUUAAAGCGUCAGUGGAGGGUUCGAAUCUAUUACAUCAGCCGUGAGAGGAAUGUCAUUGAUGACUCGCUGGCCCGCCUCGGUCGCUCUCGUAGGCUCGAUUUGGAUAUCCUUGGACAACCAACAACUGGUCUGCAACUACUGCUCGACAAAUACACGGCGUUAAUGGUCGAAAGAGAUCUCUAG